GUCAAUAUGUUUUCGAGGGUCAAGGCUUAUCUGCAUGUCGACUACAAACCUGGAGAGCGGCGUCUGGUGCAAAAGAUUGACUUUUUCAUCUUGACGUUUUGCUGUCUGAGUUAUCUCGUCAACUACCUCGAUCGCAUGAACAUCAAUAAUGCCUAUGUUUCUGGCAUGAGGGACGAGGUCGGGUUCAAGGGAGAUCAACUGAACCAGGUCUUGACCUGCUUCACCGUCGGAUAUGUCCUGGGCCAGAUCCCCUCGAACCUGUCCCUCCAAUACAUCAAGCCUCGCAUAUGGUUCCCCCUCAUGAUGCUCCUCUGGGGCGCCCUCACCAUGGUCACCGCCUCUGCCCGCAAUCCCCAGUCCAUCAUGGCGAUUCGCUUCUUUCAGGGCAUUUGCGAAGCUUCUACAUUUGUCGGCACACACUACAUCCUCGGAUCUUGGUAUACUGAACGGGAGCUGGGAAAGAGGAGCGGCAUCUUUACUGCUUCUGGCCUGGCGGGCACCUUCAUCGGGGGUUUUAUACAGACGGGCAUACAUGAGAGUAUGGAUGGCCUGAGUGGGUUGAGUGGAUGGCGGUGGCUGUUCAUCAUCGACGGUCUCAUUACGAUUCCUGUCGCUGUGUAUGGCUUCUUGCUCUUCCCGGAUACACCACACACCACAACAGCAUUUUACCUCACCGAAGAGGAAAAGACCCUGGCCAUCUCACGAGUUCCGCCAUUAGAAGAACGACCUCCUCUCACACUGAGAUUCGCCAGAAGCGUCCUCACGUCCUGGUUCUGGUGGGGAUUCGUCAUCCUCUGGAUCAUCGCCGGCGAGACCGAAUCGUUUAGCUCCAACGCCCUCCUCGCCCUUUACAUGCAGAACCACCCAACCAAUACUUAUACUGUCUCCCAGCUGAACAAUUACCCAACCGGUGUCCCCGCCGUGGGCAUUGUUUCAACCAUGUUCUGGGCCACAUUGACAGACUUUCUAGGAGGGAAGCGUCACCUCGUGGGUUACUUUAUCGGGGUGACUGGCAUUGCAACCUCCAUCAUGAUCCUGGUAGCUUCCAAGGAUCCAACAAGCUCAGCAUCAACGAGGAUCACGUUUGCGGCAUACUACUGGGCUGGUGCUGUCUACGCCUGCCAGGCCACGUUUUUUGCGUGGUGCAACGACGCCAUGCGUCAUGAAUCUGCCAUGUUUCGAGGCGUCGUUCUCGCGGGCAUGAACGUCGGCAGCAACGCCGUCAAUGCCUGGUGGAGCAUUGUUUUCUACGGGGCUUCAAUGGCACCCUGGUUCAUUAGAGGGAUGUGGGCCAUGAUUGCGUGUUGUAUCGCCUUGGUUCUAUGGUGUGCAGCGUUGACUUGCAAAGAUCGCAAGUAUCUUAAAGCGAAGGAGGCUAUGGAUUGUGAGACAAGGGGGCUGAACCAGAGUCAGGAGCAGGAUGCUGAGAAGAACAAGGGCUGA